UGUCAAUCAUGCUCACCGGUUCGCAAUAAGAUGUUCAAGCUUAGGCGUAACUUAACACUUUAUCGAUUUUUCAUCAUUGCAAAGCUUCUCUCUUUCUAUUUAUUUACAUUAUUUUUCUUCCUCCUCCAUCCUUCUCUUCCAACGAGAACCUCAAUUAUUUUUUUGCUAAUAUCUCUCUCAUUAAAUUUACCUCAUUCUCUCUUCCUUGGACCCUCUUUCAUGGGUCUUUUUCUACCUCUAUCAGCAGUAAAGAGAAGUCUCCUUCUCCUCUCAGAGUCCCUUUACGUUGACGAUUGACUCUUAUCGGAGUUCACUUACUUUAGUGUUUAGUUUCUUUAUUAAAGCACGUAGGUGUGCUUUUGACACGGGGGGCUUUAUCGUGUGGCUGUGAUUUCUGCACAUCAGUAUGAAUGCCAAGUAUGCGCAAGUGGAGACAAAGUCUGAGAAGCAGCUCAGCUAUCCAAAAUCAGUAUUCUUCAUCAUCGGAAAUGAAUUUUGUGAAAGGUAUUCAGCCUAUGCUUUAGGAGCUAUUUUAGUACUGUACCUUCGAAAUGCUUUACACUACACAGAGGAUGAGGCAAGGCUCAUUUUCCACACCCUCCUCUUUUUAUGCUACUUCUUCCCGAUCUUCGGCGCCAUCUUGGCAGAUUCGUACAUCGGCAAAUUCAAGACACUACUUUACAUGUCAGCGGUUCAUGGAGUGGGGAACAUAACUAUUGCGUUGGCGGCGACUGAGUGGUUAUUCAAUCCUAGAGUAAUAUGCCUGACGGGGUUGUUUCUACUGGCUGUCGGGGUUGGCGGGAUCAAACCAUGCGUGGCCACGUUCGGGGGCGAUCAAUUCGUGAUGCCGCAGCAAGCGCAGGAAUUGAAGCGAUUCUUCUCGAUAUUUUAUUUCACCAACAAUGUCGGCGGCCUCAUCGCGGCGCUCACCAGCCCCAUCUUGCGGCAGGACGUCAAAUGUUUCGGCCAGUCAACCUGCUACCCCCUCGCAUUUGGCAUUCCGGCCUUCCUUAUGGUCAUCGCCCUUGUGUUAUUCAUUUGCGGGAAGCCGUGGUACAAAGUGCGCAAACCCGAAGGAAACAUCCUCGCGGAUUCUUUGAAAUGCAUUUUCUGCGCUUUGAGAAAGAAAUUGUCUGCGAAAGACGACGACGCCAAAAAACCGUCUCAUUGGCUCGAGUAUGCUGAGGGCGAAUUCAACCAACAGCUGAUUAAAGACGUGAAGGAAGCGCUUGGAGUGAUAGUCAUGUAUGUUCCGGUGGUAAUAUACAUGGCCCUUGCCGACCAACAAGGCUCCAGCUGGAUUUUUCAGGCAUCUCAAAUGGAUGGUGUCGUAUUCAACUGGUUCACUAUCAAACCGGAUCAGUUGGGUGUUUUGAACCCCCUCCUCUGCCUCAUUUUCAUUCCACUCUAUGAAACCAUGCUGUAUCCUCUCUUAAAAAAAGUAGGCAUAAAAAGGCCGCUGCAAUACAUCACCAUCGGAGCAGCCUUGUGCGGUGUUGCAUUUGUCAUUGCAGCCAUCGUAGAAUACAAAUUGGAGCCCUCCUACGCGGUGCUUCCUGUGCCUGGUUCGGGUCAGCUAAGGAUUUUCAACGGCCUCCCGUGUCAAAUUGAGUUAGAUCCUCCAAUCAGUGGUCAGUCCACAAUCCCUCCGCUGGGAGCGCUGCAAGUUAUCGACGUUGAAGUCAAUAACGGGACGAACGGAAUUUUGAAGGAGAGACUUAGGAUCAACGCUGAAGCUCAUUGCUCCAACGUGACCAUAGGGUCCACAAGCUGGACGGAGGAGAUAGCUGUUUAUGAAGCACAGAGCACAUCAUAUGCAAUAACUCUUCUGAACGACCAGUUGACUUUACUACGAGUCCCUGGACAUGAUGACGUCAGUAAGGCUCUGAGCAAUGCGCCUAGGGUAAGAGUAAUUAGCAAUCUGAACGGCUCUCUUACGCUAAAAAACCAAUAUGACAGCACUUUCCAUUUUUCACUGAGCGGCCCGCAACAUGUUCCUGUUUCAGAGGAGAUUUAUUCUGGCAGCUAUGUAGCAAUUUUGGACAAUGAAAUAGUCAUGAACGAUCUUUUGAUGGAGAGUGGUGGUGUCUAUACGUUGGUACUGCAGAAAAUUGGCCAACAAAUCGCUGGUAACUUACACAUAAUAACACCUCCUGCAACGUUACACAUGCUCUGGACUUUCCCUCAGAUUUUUGUCGUAACAAUGGCUGAAAUUUUCUUUGUUGUCACAUACUUGUCAUUUACUUUCACAGAGGCUCCUGAAAGCAUGAAAUCUUUGAUGACCUCGGUACUGUACGUGUCUGACGCACUGGGCAACCUACUUGUGGUCAUCAUCUCGGAAAUAAGCUUUUUCCGUAUUCUCUCGCCGGCUCAACAAUUCUUGUUCUACGCUGGACUUAUGGUUUUGAAUAUCGCCAUUCUAAUCGCUUUGGCCGUUCCCUACAAGUACAGGAAGUACAAGUCCGUGGAGAAAUUACCCGAUUACACUUUGGUGGACGCAAAGAAAGACAUUCCGAUGAAGGAGUGGAAGAAUUCCACACGAAAUUCAAAAGAAACGAUCGGAAAAGGCAACUCAGAGAAUGGAAGUCACAAAUCAAUCUCAUUCAGGGAUCAGAAUGGGGAAAACGGUGGCUCUGGAAGUGUGAGGUUCACUUGGUCCAAAGAGUCAGAAGUAGGGAAUGGAAAAGUUCUGGGCAAUAGCCGGAAUUCAGUCGCUGAAACUGAAAGGUCGAAAGUUGAAACCAUAGCGCCGAAAUUGUCAUGCGAGGAAAACUUUAGGGAUGGGAAACAAGAGGGUAGAAGAGAAUGGCUGUGAUUUGAAAGAAAGAGCGAUAUUUUCUACAUUGAAAAUAUAAGAUUAUACUUUUCCCAUUGCUGAAUAACAGUGUGGGGAUGCACCAUAAGUUUUAAACACAAUGAAUGGGAAUGAAAAAGAAGAGAAGAAAAAA